AUUGGCGAAUAAAGCUCCUGCAUUCCUUUAUAGGCUUCAUCGGAUAAUGAGCUACUUACUUCGCUAUACUCUACUCCCAGGAUAUACUCUUCAUCGCCCGCUAGUUUACCUAUGUAACAGGACAAUCGCAGUUAUCUAGUCAGAAAUAAUAAGUCCUGCGGAAGCGAAGCGAUUAAGUACAAUGCCUAAAUGGUCACGGCAAUGCGGGCGCCGGCAUGAUUCUACAAGGACUAGAUUGUCGGUUAUUGCCGGUCUCUUUUUAACAUCACAGCUCCCGCAAGUAAGAGCAGUUGUGUAUCCAAGCAACCAUAAGCUAUAUGCUUUCGACUAUCUGGGACCCAACAGACAAUAUUUAGGCACGAGCCGUCCUUUAACCAAGUAUGAGAAUGCAAUCCCCUUGAUCAUUACCAACAAUUGCGGCGAUACAAUAUGGCCGGGAAUUGGAACUCAACAUGGAGACCCUCCAGACUCUCACGGUUUCGAACUCAAGCCUGGCGAGACGAAAGAACAGACAGUCGGUCCAACAUGGCAGGGCAGAAUCUGGGGCCGUACCAAUUGUACCACUAGUGGGGACACGGCGACAUGUAAGACUGGUGAUUGUUUUGGUAAAUUAGAUUGUGAGUAUGGGGGUGCCGUACCUGUUACUCUUGCUGAAUUCAAUCUUGCUGGUGGCGCAACUGGCAGACAGACCUUUUACGACAUUUCACUUGUCGAUGGUUAUAAUCUGCCAAUAGCAAUAGUCUAUCAUCCAGCAGACAACACAUCAUACAUCCCGCCAAAUCUAGUCAAUCCUUCAUGCAUUGGGACAUCCGGGUAUCUCGCUGCCUAUAGCGAGACCGGACUCACUUAUACUAACUCAGCCUAUCCUAUACCGUAUGAAGAUAUACAGUCCAACGCAGAUUUAAGCAAUUGGUGUCCUUGGGACCUCCAGGCCUUCCUUCCAGAGAAGCCUGGAGACGGUGUAUAUCCAUAUCCAGACGACACUCUACAUAGGCCUGUUUUUGACCCGUGCAAGAGUGCCUGCGCCGCUAAUAAUGACCCCGAGGACUGCUGCACCGGCGAAUAUGACGACCCGUGGAUCUGCGAGCCCAGCCAGUAUUCGUACAAUGCCAAGGCUAUGUGCCCUGACGCAUACAGCUACGCGUUUGACGAUCAGACCUCCACGUUUAUCAUCCCCAGCGGAGGUGGAUGGGAAAUCGUGUUCUGUCCGGCAGGGCGAAGUACCACGAUAUUGGCAACAUUCACAGACGAAUUACACAAGAUCGCCGAAAGCGGGCAAGUGACCCAGGAUAUCCUGCUCAAGGCUAUGAACAUGAGCUAUAUCGAAUCGAAACACAGCACAGCUGCCGGUAUAUGGGUGUCCAUGGCUAGGUUGGCGUUAACUGUCGUGUUGGCGGUCAGUAAUAUACUGGCUUGACCAUAAGAGGGCAUUAUGAAUGAGAAAUCACUGUACAUGAAAUGUAUAUGAUAUGCUUGGGGAAGUCUACAUAGGGAGGAUUCUUGUUUUAUUAGUACCCUAGAACUCGACUAGAACUCGAGUAUUUGCAUACACUGUCGAAUAUAUUCCUAAGAAAUCAUGGAUACCCCUAUACGUUGUUAAAGGGGGAAACACAAACUUUCACUUAUAACUAGGUAGUUAAUGCUUUAAGACAGUACAUAGCA